AUUACAUUUGUUAUCUUUACUCUGAAGAAAGGUGGUACAAACUUGACAUAAAAACCUGUGUACCCCUCUCUCUUCUAGGCUUUUCAACCAUGGAAAUAGUCACGAGGAUGAUUUCAGAGAGGCCGGUAGUGAUCUUUAGCAAGAGCACGUGUUGUAUGAGUCACACUGUCAUGAGGUUACUCAGUGGCUUUGGAGUUAAUCCAGCUGUGUAUGAACUGGAUCAAAUCUCGAAAGGAAGGGAGAUUGAGCAAGCUCUCUCUAGGCUUGGCUUUAGCCCCACUGUUCCCGCUGUCUUUAUUGGGGGUGAACUAGUUGGUGGCGCCAAUGAAAUUAUGAGCCUUCAUCUCAAUCGAUCUCUAAUUCCUAUACUUAGAAGAGCUGGUGCUUUAUGGGUCUAAACUUUAUUCUACUGUCGAAUAAAUCAAGCAUUAUUAUAUUAAUAUAAACGGCGGAUAUACAUAUACAUAAUUACCCAAACUAGCAGGCUCUUCUAUAUGACAUGGCAAGCUUUUAUAUUGAUGCAAUUCAGCUAGCCAUUUUUUGUAGUACUUGAUGCAAUGCCAUGGUAGUCUAUUUUGUAGAAUAUAUAAAAUUAGGCCUUUGCUUUUUUAUCAAGUUGAGGGCAUAUUUUACUUGCCAUCUUGAGGCCAUUUGGGUAUUGUACUUUUUUUGUGAGGAGGACAUUUAAUUCCUCCCACUAUUUGAUGCUAUUGGGUGAGGUCAUGAGUUUUUGUUUUUCAUUUUAA